UGAUCAAAUGUGUGUACAGGCAGAGGGCUGAUUUACCGGUAACUAAAAGUGAAAGUGUUGGACUACGAUAAAAGGUCGGAGAGAGGAGAGGAGGAGAGCAGAGGCAGAAGAACAAGAGAAGGAGUCUCUCUAAUAAGGAUCCAGAAAACUAACCAAGAUGCAAUGCCACCGAGAUCAAGAUGCUCUCAUCCCGAAGCCUCGUGGGACUUUGCCUAAGAAGUGUGCAGCGGUACUGGUUGCCAUAACAGUGGUAUGCAUCAUGUUUCUGUCUCCUGAAUGGUCAUUUGAAAGGGUUGCUAUGGUAAUACUCAGCCUGACCCUUGGCCCUCUGCUGCACGGGCUCUGUCUGCUGGCAGAGGAGAUGCUGUACCAUUCAAACACAAGGUAUCAAGGUAGAGGGCUGCUGAGCCAUGUGGUUCCUGCCUGUGGCUUGGAGAUAAAGACUUUGCUGACUGCUGGGAUGGCAGGUCUUCUGCUCUACCUGGAUGAACAACCACUGAACAACCAAGGCGAGGGCUGGAAAGACCUCAUUCUGGCAUCAGCUCUUCACGCUCUGUUUAAGAGCCUGGGCUUCCUGGGUCCGUCGGAAGUGGAGGUGUCAGACAUCUGCGAGGGGAGGAAGAUGAACGUGGCCCACGGCCUGGCCUGGUCCUUCUACCUGGGCUACUUGCAGUUGGUGCUGCCACGUUUGGAGAAUUCCAUCGCAUCAUUUCAGUCCAGCCAUCAAUUGAACGGUUCCUCUUGGGGUCGCGGCUCCAAGAAGCUCCUGAUCCUCAUUCCUCUCAACGCCAACAUCUCGCACAAGUUAGAAGAUGAGGACAACAACAUUCAUUUUUACGACAACCUCCCAAACAGCGAGAUUGACAGGGCAGGGGUCCGGGGCCGGGUCUACAAGCACAGUGUCUACAGAGUGGUGGGCGAGGACGGGAAGGCCCGUGAGUGUGUAGUGGAGUAUGCCACACCUUUGCUGACACUCUACAAAAUGUCCCAGGAGAGCAGUGCUGGUUUUGGGGAGCCUGAGCGUAGGCAGCAGGUUCUGAUCUUCUUCAGGACCCUGCAGAACAUCCUGGAGCAGUCGCUGGAGUGUCGAAACCGCUACACACUCAUCUUGCUCAAUGAUGAGCGUCAGGACGACCCUCACUUCCUGUCCAAGGCCAUCCUCACACACCUGCAGCAGCAGGAGAAAGAGGAGUUCUGCGUCACUCCACCUCCCAAACCGGACAUGGUGAACCCGUUAGCGAACACUUCAAGCGUGCAGCCAAGUGUGUUUCGUGUAAACGGCAGGUGGCAGCAACCAGAGCCACUGAGCAGGGAGCCCACCAUCAUGAUCAGCCUGGAGAAGCCUCUACCCCUGAAAGAACCUGUUGAAAACAGCGAACAUUAACAUGGACCAACAUAAACACAUGCUCAGACACACACAGUCAGAGGAAUUCAAACACACACACGCACGGUCGCACACAUUAUCUUACAUCAGUUUGAAGAAAAUCUGAACUCUAAUCUGAAAAUAUUAAAUAAAUAAAAGAGAAUUCUCAGAUAAA